AAAAAUGUCACGGAAGCAGUUUAAGGGCUAUAACAGUUUAAAAAUAAACAAAUGAAAUAGUUUGUAGCUCGUUUAUAAUAUUUUCCCUAGAGUUUAAGCUAUGAUGAUACCAGGUUACAUGGAAAAAGCACAAGAUUCUGAAAAGUAUAUUAUUAAUAUUUGCAUAAAAUACAAGUGCAAAGGACACCAACUCAUUUGAUUCUCGUCAGUCGGUUCUGUAAGUCUCCAUGAUCAAAUAUGACAUAUUGCUGACACAAAAUUCUAGCCCUCUGCUCACCACCGCUCCAUUGCUACUGCUUUUUCUUUAUUUGCUUUUCUUCAACACUUAUGAUCAUGGCUACACCUCACAAUCUCUCAAAGUCCAAUGAUAUCAGUGUGUUGGGUUCGUUUCGGCAGAAACUAUUCGCCGCGACAUCACCUCUUUAUUUCCUUCAACCUGUUCGAUGAAAUUCCUCAACCAACUUCUAACUUGGAUCGACUCAUAGUCAUGCAGAAAUGGUGUUAGAGAUCGUUAAUCCCAAUCAGCUUCUUGUAAUCUAAUCUUAUUUCAUUGAGAGCAAAAAGUUCGUCGUCUCUGUGAGUGUAAUCCAGAAGAUGAACUCAUUGCUGAACAUGUGAAAACAGAUCAAGAAGCCAUAACAUUAACAGAAAACCCCGAAUCAGAAGUAGCUGUAUAUAAACAAGAUCUAGAAGACACAUUACAAUAGAACAUGGAGAGGGCAAAUAAGAGACUAGAGUCCAAAUACACAGAAUUAACAAGGAGAAAACUUGCUAAUCCAACAGUUGAAAACUCUCAAUCUACCAAAGAUUCUGUUAAGAAAGAGGAUUUAAUCGAAAAUAUAAGCAAUCAAAUGUCCAAAGAAACUACAGAGUAUCAUGUUCUCAAGAGAGAGCUCAAGAUAAGAACCCUAAAUGCUGACGUGGCAAAACAAGAAACUGCAAGUCUAGAAGCCGAACGCCAGAGGCUUCGUUUGUUAGUGAAGAAGCGGGUCCCGGGAAAUGAAAAGACAAAAUCAGUGGAUAAAAGUAAGAGUUUAAUGAUAAAGAAGUUAUAUGAAGUGGAAGAAGAAAACAGGAUUCUUAAAGAAAGUUUAUGUAAGAGAGAGAAUGAAAUCCGGAUUUUGAAAAGAGAAAAGGUUGAAUGGAAUCAUGAGGAAAAGAUUUUGGAAUUGGAAAACAAAAUUGUGUCUUUGGAAUUGGAAGUUGAAAGGGUAAAUGAGUCAAAGAGAACAACCGAGGAGAAGUUUGAGGAUUUGAGAUUAAUAAAUGUUGACCUUGAUUAUCAACUUUAUGCUUCCAAAUUCGAAAUAAAAGAAGCCUUUCGAAAAUUAUCUGUUUUAGAAAUGGAGUUGGAGGACAAAAGUCAACAAUAUGAAGAACUAGAAACAACAUGUCUUGAGCUACAACUCCAAUUAGCUAGUGUUUCAUGUAAGAAUGAGGUAAGUGAAGAUCUUCAUAGUAUAAGUGGCUAUGAAGGAGUAAAAGAGUUGAUUAAUAACAAGAAGUUGAGGGAGCAUUCUUCUAUAUUGCCCACGAUCAAAGAAAUUUUAACUACUAAAGAAACAAAAGAUCUACAUUACAACACGUGCAAUAACUUGUGUAGGCUAAAGAAUGUUGCACCUCAGGCUUUGACAAUUGUACCAAGGAUGAAGCGAAGUAAAGGUACCGAAUUGCUAUGGAAGCUUCUAAUUAGAAGGAAGAAGAGAGGCAACAUGAAGAAGCUUCAUAGGUUUGCUACAUACCAUAUUUAGUGUAAAGAAAGAUGUUUGAGGUUAGGGUUGUGAGUAAUUGAUGUUUUAAAUGAUACUUUUGUUUACAAAUAGGCAAUGUUAGGCACUUAGAGAUAAAAUAUUGGAUUCUCUUUGAUUAAUUGUAUUUAGGUUAUAUUACAAGGAAGACUAAUAGGUAACCACAUCCCUUUUUUACAAGCCUAAGGUGAUAAGAUAAAGAUGAGAAUGAAAAAUUAAUCAUAACCUUAUGUAAAUACCACUACUAAAGAAAAUGUAUUGCAACUUUUUAUCUGGAAAUGUCAUAUGUUUGUG